AUGGCGGGUGCUAAGGAAACAUCUACUACACCCCAGCAAAGAAAACGAGCUCCCAAAGGUCGUCGUACUACUGGCCCUGUUGCCGUCGGCGGCAAUAACAGUGUUGCAGGACAGGAGAAUACCUCACCGCAGAAUAAGACCGGUAAAAAAUCCAAGAAAAGCAAGGGUAAGAGACGGGGACGGGGACAUGACAAGAAGGUGCCCUCCGAGCCUGCAGAAAGUGUUGACCCUGUCAAAAAGACAUUGCGGAGUGAGAAUAGGCCUUUAUCUACUACUUCAAGGGUGGGAUCAUCGCUAGCUGGCUCUCCUGGUGAGCUGUCAGCCACCCAAAUGCAAAGUUUCCUUGAAGCUGGCCUAGCUAUGAUCGACGAGUCACCGGACACACGCAGGACAUUUGUUGAAAGUCUGGCCACCGAGUCUGGUCUUCGCAAAGUUCGACAGAUAGUUGAGACUCCAUUCGCAAUGACUUACAGCGUUCUGAAGCCUAUGUUUGAUCCACACUGUAUAUUGUUCCUUCGACUGGUCUCUCACAAUGAGCUACUAUCGUCACUUAUACUUGAGAAGGCUGUGGGGACAAUCUACAAUGUCAUAUACGGUCCCGGUGGUCGAAGGGCAGUUGGGUUCUUCACAAGAAUGACAGACUUCCUCACCCAGAUCAAAACCGAUGGCAGACAUCAGAAUUCUGUCCAGUUUGGUGCUGCGCGAAGCAAAGUGUUGUCUCUAGUUUCGAGGGUACUUCUCAGUACUUUGACCUUGAACCACGAGGCUGCAAUACAGGUAGAUUUCAGGAGCAUUGCUGGCAGGAUUUACGACUGCUGUCAUGCCGAUAACACUGACACCGGGGCCGGCGACGACAGCUUGCAGUGGGCAUACGAGAACAUACUCAAGAUUCAAGACAUCCUUGCUAUGGGGGACUCGAUUUCUAUAUCACAAAAGCCCGAUAAUUUGCAAACCAUCAGAACCAAUCCGGAAGGCAGCACGAGGCAUAUUGUUGACCUCCCCGGCGAACUGUCUGAGCUUGGCCCUCGUCAUGACAAUGACAAAUCGGCCAUCUCAGAUAUUCAGAUCCUGCCUACAAAAUCAGAGAUACUGAAUGCUGACCGACCUGAAUUCCUCCCCGCACGGUGCGCUACCGAUUCCUCCAUGAUGCAUCACGAGCGGGGCAUCCGUCGACUUCUCGAUAGUCAAUUCCGCCUUCUACGGGAAGACACAUCUGGUGUCCUUCGCGAAGGUAUAAGAUUAAUCAUACACACAUGGGAACUUAUCGUCCACGGAACAGACUGGCGGCUGAAGCGCAAAUUUCUUCGUGACAAUAUGCCAACACCGGUCCGGGUUUAUUCAGGAGCCGAAAUUCGACAAAUAAAGUCAGAGCAGUUCAGAGGGAUCGAAGUGGAAUUGGAAUUUGAUCAGCUUCCUAGACUGAAAAAUGUAAGUGCAGCAAAACGAAAACAGUGGUGGGUUGACUCAAAGGCGUUAAAAAAAGGGUCAACCCUGCUGGCCUUGUUAGACGCAGAGGAUGUGGACGACACAUCCGCGAUCUACUUCCUUGUCUCGAAGAGGGAGACCAGUUAUAUCGAAAGAAGCAAGCAGGGCUCUGGGCCGACCGACCAUGUCAACGAUGUAGUUAGCGAUGGCAACAGAGCCAUGGUUACCCUGGGGCUAGUAGGACCACCCAAUCCUCAAGACUUGGAGAAGCUUAUUUUGUUCUCGAGGAGCAAUCCCUUUCCCCGACCACUCAUACUCGUGGAAUUCCCAGCCAUUCCGUACAAUUCUUUUGAGGGUAUUCUGAGAUGUCUUCAGGUGCUACAUCAGAACCCAGCACGCAUGCCAUUUACUGCAUGGCUAGCCCCAAGUACCGAUAACCAUGAAAUGUGUGAAGCUCUGACGGAAGGUAGCACCAACGCUGGCAAUAUCAGUGUACAACCCCCUGCAUACUUCCGAAACAACCUAUCACUCGACCUUUCUUGCCUCCGGGGCCAAGGCGAUGUUGAGGACGCAAGUCAGAUACUGUCUAUGUCUCUUUCCCACGAUCCUAAGAUGCUCUCCGCAGACCUCUCCAGGGUAACUGAUUUGGACGAAGGCCAGGCAGAUGCGCUCAUCUGGGCAUUACGGCGGAAGAUAGCUUUGAUCCAAGGGCCCCCAGGGACUGGAAAAUCAUACGUAGGGCUACAGCUAGCUCGAUGCCUGCUGUACAACAAGGAUAUGCUGAAUCUGGGCCCGAUACUAUGUGUAUGCUACACCGCUCACGCACUUGAUCAAUUUCUCGAUGGGCUUCUUAAAUCGGGUGUUACCAAUAUCAUCAGGAUUGGCCCUCGCAGUGCCUCACCACACAUCGAGAGUCUCUCACUGGAAAUAAGAAAGCAGGAGCCUGGACCCCGAAUUAAGGGUCUUCCUAGGAUAAAGGAUGACUCGCGAGUGAAGUUACUCAGCAUAAGCUCAAGAAUUGACGAACUCCUGAAGCAAGCUCAGAGCGGCUGUCACAGUCUCGUUCUUGAGGUUCUAAAGAAAAGAUUCCCCUCCCACUCCAACCGCAUAAUUUCGGGGUCUCCUGGCCAAACGGACACGAAUGCAUUACAAGAGUGGGUUUCUGGAGAUGCUCCCGGAGACUGGAGUGAUGCUGAUAUUGUGCGCUCUAUUGACCGACUCCUGCAGGAGGACGUCUGGACGCUCAAGGCUUCUGAGCGAACCCGUCUCCUUAGUUACUGGCAGGAGGCGGCUCUCACAGAGAUCAGUCAACGAGUAUUGACACUUCUAGAAGCUCAUUCAGCAGAAAAAGAGCGAUAUACCUCAGCGUUCAACAUUUCGGAUGUGCAACGCUUGAACGACUGUCAGGUCGUAGGCGUAACUACUACCCAACUAGCAAACAAUGCUGAUUUACUCCGAAACCUCGAUGCAAAGGUGCUCAUAUGUGAAGAGGCAGCAGAGGUUCUUGAAUCACAUGUCCUCACUGCGCUAAUACCUUCGAUCCAGCACGCUAUUCUGAUAGGAGAUCACUUACAGCUACGUCCACGCAUCUCUAACCUUAGGUUAUCAAUGGACUAUGAACGGGAAAAUCCAAAGUACAACCUCGAUGAGUCAUUGUUUGAGCGAUUAGCGAACUUCCGGUUCGGAGAAUCAACAUCUAGUGGAGGUGGACAGAACCAGCAGGAAUAUAGCUUUCCGGUGAUGCAGUUGAGCCAUCAACGGCGGAUGCAUCCAUCCAUUUCUGAACUGGUCCGCGAGACUUUAUAUCCGAAGCUCCAAGAUCAUCCUACAAUGGCCUCAUAUCCCCUUGUACCUGGCAUUGCUCACAGAUUAUAUUGGCUCGACCAUGACAACUUGGAAGAUCCGACUGAUCCUACAGAGCCAAUGCAAAGCAAGACGAAUACUUGGGAGAUUGGGAUGGUAACGGCAUUGGUGCGACAUCUCUGUCAACAAGGCAAGUAUGGGCCCGGCGAGAUUGCCGUAUUGACGCCAUAUGUUGGACAGUUGAGAAUGCUCAGAAAUGUCCUGGAAAAGGAAAUGACCCUAAUAAUCAGUGAAAUGGACUCGGAUGAACUCGUUGAAUCUGAGGGGUUAGAAGUGAGUGGAACUUCUACUGCGCAUGGGAAAUGGUGCGAAAAGCGGAGAGCCACUCAGAAGGGAAGCCUCCUAGAUGUCGUUCGAUUGGCUACGGUCGACAAUUUCCAGGGCGAAGAAGCUAGUGUCGUUAUUGUCUCCCUUGUUCGCAGCAACAAAUACCGAAAUUGUGGGUUUCUGAAGAUGCCAAACAGGAUCAACGUACUGCUUAGCCGUGCAAAACAUGGCAUGUAUAUUAUUGGCGAUGCAAGUACGGCGUCAACCGCACCCAUGUGGUCAUCCGUCAUUCAGCUACUGGAAAAAGGCGCUAAUAUUGGCCGGAGACUUGAGUUGCGUUGCGAUCGUCACCCGUCCAAGGGGUUUUACGUUUCUUGCCCGAACGACUUCACCAUACAUGCCCCUGAAGGUGGAUGUGCGGAAAAAUGCGGACUAAGGCUAGACUGCGGCCAUACCUGUGCUGUGAAGUGUCACUCAGAAAGACAACACAAAGCAGUGAAAUGUAUGGAGCUGUGCACUCGGAUGAAAGAAUGCGGCCAUGCAUGUCCAAAGAAAUGUCAUGAACAAUGUGGGGAAUGUCUGCAGGUGGUCCAUAAUGUCCGCCUCCCCUGUGGGCAUUUAGCGGAUGCCGUGGAGUGCAGGCAAAUUGGCGAUCUCGCAAAGGUGCGGUGCACUAAACGCGUUUCCCGCACUAUGGAUCGCUGCGGCCACAUUGUCGAGAUAUGCUGCUUUGAAAAUGAUGGUGCAGUGAACUGCUUUCAUCUGUGUGACAGCCCCCUGUCUUGCGGGCAUAUCUGUCGACAUCUAUGCUGGCAAUGUAGAUACAUAGAGGGCGAUUCCUACCACAUUGAUCAUAGCCGUUGCCGAAACCCAUGCGGCCGGGGAUUCUCGGCUUGCUCGCACAGCUGUGGCCAACCAUGCCAUCAGGGUGAACCCUGCCCGCCUUGUAAUUUGACAUGCGAAGUGCGCUGUCGGCACAGCCGUUGUGCAAAGACAUGCAACGAGCCAUGUCCCCCAUGCGCAGAGACAUGUGGGUGGGGGUGUGAGCAUCGCGAACCGUGCAGCAUGCCCUGUGCUGUCCCAUGUAACAACAUUCCUUGUGAUUUGCGAUGCAAGAAGAUAAUCACAAGUUGUGGGCAUCAAUGCCCUGGUAUCUGUGGGGAACGUUGUCCAGAUCCUCGGUUCUGCCGGCUAUGCUGUGGACCAGAAAUUCUGGAGCAGAAUGUUGAUCUCAUCGAGCUCAAGGCGUACAAAGAUGUCGACAUCGACCAAGAUCCAUUGGUAUUCCUCUCCUGUGGUCACUUCUACACAGCAUCCUCACUGGACGGCAUAAUGGGGAUGUCUGAACAUUAUGAAGUGGAAUCAUCUACAGGCAGGAUACUUGGUCCGAAACUUACACACCGAUUAUUGGAGUCUGGGCGUCCAAAAGGGUGUCCUCAAUGCCGUGCACCACUUCGUGAUAUCGAUCGCUAUAAUAGAAUCAUCAAACAAGCAUUCCUCGAUGAAGCAACGAAGAAGUUCGCCACUCAUGCAAGCUUGAAGUUUAGUCACCUACUGGAAGAAGUUGAGGUCUGUGAAAAAGAUAUCGAGCGCGAAAGAUCGGGUUUUGUAUCUGAAUGGUUGCAGGAGUCAGUCGGUACAAGAAGUGCUGACGAGGUCAAGCGCUCGGUUGAGGCUUAUCGUGGAAGGGGAAACAGACUGUUGAGCAAAAUCAAGGAGUUUACCAAAUCUGUGGCAAAAUCUGAGCAGCCGUUUGGGAGGGUCAGUGAGAUACUCGCGUCAGCAACAGCGAGGAAGGCUAGCACUCCUGCAUCACCGUUCCAAUACAGUAAAUCGUAUAUCCAAACCGGGUUUCAGUCGCGCGGCCACGUUCUCGCACUUCGACUUACCUGGGUUCUCUUCUGGAACUUUGACACCAUCUACAGCAACAAGCGAAUUGACCCACGCAUAAAGAUGAUUCUGGCCCAAGUGGUAACGAAUCAGAUUGGUGGUCUACUGAGUCGAUGUGAAGCUCUGGCGAGGGAUUGCCAGAAGGCUAAGUUUCUGCAGCAGGAGGUAGAGUCCCGAACGUAUUAUGCUCUGUUCUCAGUGCUGUUCCUUAGCAAUCAGGAAGCACGCGGUAGCCCGGUCGAGGGAUCCACUGAAGCAAAGGUACGGGAAAAGGCACUGAAAGAGCUGAAAGACUGUGAUGUCAUUUGUUUGCGCCAUUCUCAAAUUUUAUGGUCUCUCCGCGAGGAUAUCGAAAAAGCAAGAAGACUAGUUAAGGGCGGAACAUUCUACAGCUGCGUUACCAGCGAAGAAAGACGGCAAGUGUACCAGGCCAUGGCGGCACAUUUCAGCGGCACAGGCCACUGGUACUACUGUGAGAACGGGCAUCCGUUUGCGGUGGGAGAAUGUGGGAUGCCGAUGGAAGAAAGUCGCUGUCCGCAGUGUGAGGCGCCAGUGGGCGGGCUCAAUCAUGAGUUUGCUCGAGGGAUCCGCAGAGCAGAUGACAUGGAUGUGGAGUUUGGCGGUUCCCUUUCUCUCGAGGCGGACGCAGACUGGUAA